AAGUACACAACUCAAGUCCACACCUCCGCAUUACCGUGAGUUGAAAUCAGAUUAUUCCCUUCACGGCUUCGCGUCACAUCGGCUAGUCUGCCUACUGAUUAGCGAUGGACUCGCACCCAUCUCACCUGAAUCCCACCACCGCCGCUGCCGGAGCUCGUUCCCGGAGCUCACACUCGCACUCGCAAUCCCAAUCUCCUUCCCACUCCUCCGCCUCCGUCUCCGCCGCAACCUCCUCUCUCCACCACCACCCUCACCACAACAAACGCAAGCGGCCUCCUCCUCCCACCACCACCACCAACGACGCUCCUCCUCCUUCCUCCUUCCUCUCCGCCGACACCACCGACGAUCUCGAUUCCAUCUCCGCCGCUACUCCCGCCGAUAACUCCUCCGAUGACGCCGCCGCCGCUACUCCCGCCUACAACGACGACGAUGAUGACGACGAUAACGAUAACUUUCAUCCCAAUGAUUCCUCCUCUAUUCGUACCUUUACUGCCGCUCGCCUCGACGGUGCGCCAAGGAGUACUAAGCUUAGCAAGGUUGAUGGUGCUUCUGUUAAGGUUGAGGUUUCUGAUUCUGCGAAAGAUGGCGCGAAUUCUGGUGGUGGUGCUGUUCCUGUUGGUCCUGCUAAUGCGAGUGGUGUGACGGUGAAGGAAGAUCCUGUUAAGAGUAUUUUUACGGAGAAUAUUCAGACUAGUGGUGCUUAUAGUGCUCGAGAAGAAGGUUUGAAGCGCGAGGAGGAGACUGGAAAACUUAGAUUCUUAUGUCUUUCAAAUGAUGGAGUUGAUGAGCAUAUGGUUUGGCUGAUAGGGCUGAAAAAUAUAUUUGCUAGGCAACUUCCUAACAUGCCAAAGGAAUACAUUGUUCGUCUUGUUAUGGACAGAAGCCAUAAAUCUGUGAUGGUAAUCAGACGUUCGACUGUUGUUGGUGGCAUCACUUACCGUCCAUACAAGAGCCAAAAAUUUGGGGAGAUAGCGUUCUGUGCUAUUACUGCGGAUGAACAAGUAAAAGGCUAUGGCACUAGACUUAUGAAUCACCUAAAACAGCAUGCACGCGAUGUUGAUGGUUUAAGUCAUUUUCUCACUUACGCAGACAAUAAUGCUGUUGGUUAUUUCAUCAAACAGGGGUUUACUAAAGAAAUCUCCUUGGAGAAGGACAUAUGGCAUGGGUACAUUAAAGAUUAUGAUGGAGGAAUCCUUAUGGAAUGCAAAAUGGAUCCUAAGCUUCCGUAUACAGAUUUGUCAAUCAUGAUCCAUCGUCAGAGACAGGCCAUUGAUGAGAAAAUCCGAGAGCUCUCUAAUUGUCAUACUAUCUACCCUGGGAUUGAUUUUCAGAAGAAGGAGGCUGGUAUCCCCAAAAAAGUCUUCAAAGUCGAGGACAUUCCAGGAUUGAGAGAGGCUGGGUGGACACCUGAGCAAUAUGGACAUUCAAGGUUUAAACCUUCAAUUGCUUCUGGGGACAAUGCCUCAUAUCAGAAAUCUCUUACUGCGUUCAUGCGCUCACUGUUGAAGUCUAUGCAAGACCAUCCUGAUGCUUGGCCAUUUAAGGAACCGGUUGAUGCUCGUGACGUGCCUGAUUAUUACGAUAUCAUCAAGAAUCCCAUGGACCUGAAAACAAUGUCAAAGAGGGUGGAUUCAGAAAUGUAUUAUGUGACAUUUGAGAUGUUUGUUGCUGAUUCCCGGAGAAUGUUUGAGAAUGCACGUACCUAUAACUCCCCAGAAACCAUUUACUAUAAAUGUGCAACCAGGCUGGAGGCACAUUUCACAAGUAAAGCAAAUUUGCAAGCUGGAGUCCCAUUUCUCAAGUAAAGUUCAGGCAACUGUGUAAUAUGAUCCAAAGACGCGGCCUUAAUAAUGUGUAUAUAUGCGAGAUGGACAUUAGUUAGAAACCCUAGAUGACAUACCAAUCGCAGCUGUUGAUGGACAAUCGAACUUGUAUACCAUUGAUAUCAUUGUUAAAUUAGAAUCCGAUUGUUAAAUUAGAUAUUGAUGAAUCUCAUAUUAGAAGCAGUUUAUUUAUGAAAAAUAAUUGAUUGUCACUUUGUAAGUGUUGUCAAUUAAUUUGUUGGUUUUACCUCUCAA